UAUCAGUACUUGCGAGACGGACUGCAGUUUAUUGUCAGUUGACGUUGCUAAGGGCGAAAACAAGAAGCUCUCUCUCACUCUCACAGAUAGAAAGAAAUGGGUUGUGGAUCCUCCGUUGCAGUACUUCCUGAACAUGCGAUCACGUAUGAUAACGAGAUUCUAGAUAAGGCCGGCUCCAAAGAUGUGAAGUCGAGUGAAAGUUAUGAUUCUGGAGUCGGGUACGAGCUCGGAUCUAAAGAGUCUUCGUCAGUAAGUGAUGACUCUCUGCCAGACAUCAGACACUUGAAUGGUCCCACGUUUGCGGACAGGAAGCCACUUCCACCUCAUCCGUUCGAGGCCACCUUUACAGAGAGGCGGUUCCCUUCCCUCCGCCUCCCCAACGAGGUCAACAACGAGGUGGAGAACAUGCUCCAACCUAAAGAUAAAUCAGCAGAAAAUUUGGAGUUCGUUUGCGAAGAGUCAGAAACCACACAAAUCGCUUUUAUUGAGUCCCUGCCACGCCCUCCGACUCCAGAGUUUAUGAUAUCUGGCCAGCCAUUGAGACCACUGAGGGGAAUGCCUGUAAAAGCUAGUUCAUCGAAGAGAAACGAUAUUGAGACAGCUACCAUUCAGGCUAAGAGACAAAUCGUUCCUGGCACCCCGAAAGGAGAUCGUCUCCUCUACGAUCUUCACCGAUCAGCAGAUCACGACACACAAAUAGCAGCCCGACCCCCAAGCAGGGGUGGACUUGCUUUCGACCUAGUCUUCGGAGAGGAACAGGAACUUCAAGAUCGAGUAGAGAAAUUGAAGAAACGUCAGAAGGUCAAAGCUCCUAAAACACACAGGAAAGUGACUAGAUCACAGGUGCAGAAGAAACUGAUUGAGGCCGAACUCAGGCGACAACAGCAAACGCUGGACACGAUCACCAAAUUGUCAGAGACACAUAGCAACGUAGAUGAGAUCGGACAGAAAACCAACAAAAUGGAGGAAAUGAAACGCAUGGAAAUGAAACGAGCUCAACAAGAAGCGAUGGACAAAGCACUGGCUGCCCGAAAGCAGCACCUUACCGAAAUGAGGGAUCGUAUCCGAGCUAAGAACGACAAGAUUAAGCACGCCAACCAAAACAGAUUCGCUGGAAGACCUCCUACCUCCGACGGAAGGAAGAGCUCCACUCAGCUGCCAUCUUUACUUGGAUUCUAAUUUUCUAAUGGGUGAGUGGAAAUGGUUGAAGGGGGUUGGGGCGAACUUUUGGUUUUUGGUAUGUUGGAUAUGUUGGAUAUAUUAAGAAAUGGAUGACUCAGGGAUUCGUUAUAUCGUAUCGAUGAAGGAUUGGAGUAAACUGAAAAGGUUAUGGAAGUUUAUAAUGAGAUUUACAGUGGCUAUGGGAAAAAUGGGAUUUACAAUAAGUAAACUGGAUAUUGGAAGUUGUUUUAAGCAGAUGUACUGCUGUAUUGUAAUUGUAUGUUAAUGAAUUAUUUGUAGACAUUUUGUACUUUUGUAUAAACACUUGAGACUAUUUUGUACACCGAAAUAUUUGCGAGUAUGUUUUUAUUAACA